CCUUCUCUGUUCUUCUCUGCAGAUCCGCCACCAUGGGGAAUAUGUUUGCAGGCCUCUUUAAGAAUCUCUUUGGGAAGAAAGAGAUGAGAAUUCUGAUGGUGGGCUUGGAUGCUGCUGGAAAAACCACCAUCCUGUACAAACUGAAACUGGGAGAAAUAGUCACCACCAUCCCCACUAUCGGUUUUAAUGUUGAGACGGUAGAGUAUAAGAACAUCAGCUUCACUGUGUGGGAUGUGGGUGGUCAGGAUAAGAUCCGGCCGCUUUGGAGGCACUAUUUCCAGAACACACAAGGCCUGAUUUUUGUUGUGGACAGUAACGAUAGGGAGCGAGUGAAUGAGGCGAGGGAGGAGUUGACGAGGAUGCUGGCGGAGGACGAGUUGAGAGAUGCCGUGCUGCUCGUCUUUGCCAACAAGCAGGAUCUGCCCAACGCGAUGAACGCAGCCGAGAUCACAGAUAAGCUGGGCCUUCAUUCUACUUCGGUCCUCAGUCAAGCGCAUUCAAGCACAAGCCUGUGAAACCUUUCAUUUACACAAAGUCAGUUUGUAGAAUGUCUUAAACUAUUGCCUGUGGGGAAGAAAUCAUUUGACCCUGAGUGUCUGCUUUUUUUUUUUU